CAGCUGAACAAAGAAGAAGCUGCUUCACAGACCAGCAGAGACUGACUCGGUGGGAUACGAUUCGGAGCAGUGAUGUCUUGCUUUUUAAAGGUUUGCUGACAUUUGCUUUUGGAGGAAAGGCAGCAGUGAAAGGCAGACGCUCGUUGAGAAGAGUCUCUACUGUACUUUCAGUUUACUGUCAAUUGUGUGGAGAACAAUCGAAGAGACGAGGUCGUCGCUGAGGCAGCGGAUUAGACCAUGUCAGAGGAGCUGAGAUACAGAGGGAGGAAAAGAGAAGGAAGACACAGGGACACAUGGGAUCCAUUUCAGCUGAACCCUGUGGGAGCAGAGAAGGAGCAAAAGAAAAGAUGCCUCCUGGUGGCGCAGUACCUCGCGGCUGCUUUUGUUGGGGUGGCGGUUUUGGUCAGCGCUGUAGUUGCCAAGGGCUCCCUCUUGGUCUUGUCAACACUCUCCAGUCCAAAAUCAUUUCGUAAUGACAAGGAGAAGCAGUUCUACAUGCUGAUGUUGGUGUUUUGCCUGGUCUUCCCCAACUUCUUAGUUUUUUUGAAGUCCCUGUGGCGUUCUGCCUUCAAGACAUUUGUGCCCCCCAACCUGAAGACCAUGGCGUUGAUUUGUGUCAUUGAGAGUUUGGUGUCUCUUGGCACUUCAGUCCUGGUGCUGGUGGUUAUGCCUCAGUUUGACAUCCUGACGAAUCUCUUCAUCAGUGGAGGAGUCUGCAUUGUAUCUGCAGUCCUGCAGAUAGUUUACAGAUUACAAAGGGAGAAGUGGAAAAUCCUCUUCCCAAUCUGCUCCCUCCUCCUCACCAGUGCUGGUUACUGCCUCUUGGGAAUGGACUACUACAUCCGUACAGCAUCGCAUGUGGACGGACAGAAAAAGGAUUCCUUUUGCUACGUGGGUUUAGGGAUUUUCUCUUCGCUCCUCGUCUCCCUCUGCUGGUGGGAAAACACAAUGCAGGCUAAAAACCGCAUGCAGAAAGUACUGGCAGAGUUGGAAGGCUUCAGGGACUUUGUCUUUGUCAUCAGCAGUAUUUUGAGGAUACUGGUGAUAGGAGCUGUGUACCUGAUCUACCAUAGACUCAUCAACAAAUCUAUCCAGUGGGAGAAUUUUAACCUGACAGGUGAUGAAGGAGAUAUUCUGCAAAUAGGUCUCGUGCUCUUUUUCUUACAGGCCUUCUGCUCAGCCGCCUGCCACUGGUUUGGCGUAGUUGCCUGUAAGAUCAACGCUGUCCGGAUGAGUUUUGCUCUGCCUCUGUGCUGUACUGGCCCGGUAGUGCUGGGCCUGGGCCUGGUACUCUUCCUGACACAGGCAGAACGUUUUAAUUCAGCAGGCGUGAAGGGGAUCAUUGGCUUCUGUGAAAAUUUGCAUUUGAUCAAGGACAUAAACACGACUAAUGUUCCUUUGUUGGAGAUGUUCCGGAGCAUCUGCAAGACGUCACUCAACAACAACUAUGUACAAUGGUCCUUUGCCAUGUUGGUGCUGGAGGGAGUCUGCAUGUGGGGUGGAUUUGUCACAGCUACAUAUUAUGUGUGGAAGAUCAAGGUCCAGCGUAUAGAAAGAACGUCUCAGCUCUUUGUUCGCCGACUCUAUGAAUCCGCCUUCAUCGACUUGUCUCUGCUGCUCAACACCAAGAUGAAGCUACCAAAAGCCCAAACAAAUGAGAACCAGGAUGAACUGCAGAACGUUGUGAUCUAUCUCUGCGCCACCAUGUGGCACGAGACCUACGAUGAAAUGCUGAAGAUUCUCACUUCCAUGUUCAGGCUGGAUCGUUAUCGAGGAGAUCCAAAGGAGGAGCACAAGGACAGUUUUGACUUUGAAAGCCACAUCUUUGUAGACGAUGCGUUCAUGACUCAAAAGGGAACUGGGAAAAGGCUGGUCAAUGAAUAUGUGGAAGACCUGAUUCAUGUUGUAACAGAGGUUUACAGAGUGUUCACCAACAAAGAGCCGGAUGACGUGUCGAUCAUUGAAACUCCCUACGGUGGGAGGUUAAUGUUUGUCCUGCCCGAGGGUAACAUGCUCUACGUUCACCUGAAGGACAAAAGCCGCAUUCGCAACAAAAAACGGUGGUCGCAGAUAAUGUACAUGUACUAUCUGCUUGGCUGGAAAGGUUACAUCACCAAGAACCCCCAGAAAAUGCCACGGAUGGAAACCAGCAGAGAAAGCCUGGUCUCUAUGGACGGUGAGAUUUUCGUUAUGCCUCAGUACGACAAUGACAACAAGAGAAGGUUCAUUUCAGAUGACAACACGUACAUCCUGGCUCUGGACGGAGACACAGACUUCCACCCUAAAGCCGUGGUUCUACUUGUGGACAGGCUGAGAAUGUAUUACAACGUCGGUGCAGCGUGUGGCAGAAUCCAUCCGACUGGCAUGGGUCCCAUGGUUUGGUACCAGAAGUUUGAAUACGCAGUGGGGCAUUGGCUGCAGAAGACCGCAGAGCAUGUGUUCGGCUCUGUGUUGUGCAGUCCAGGAUGUUUCAGUCUGUUUAGGGGGUCUGCGCUGAUGGACGACAAUGUCUUGAAGAAGUACACAACGACCGCAACAAGAGGAGCCGAGUACGUGCAAUAUGACCAAGGGGAGGAUCGUUGGUUGUGCACUUUGCUGCUGCAACAAGGAUGGCGUGUGGAGUACAACGCUGCAUCAGAUGCAUACACCAACUCACCACAGGAAUUCAAAGAGUUUUACAACCAGAGGAGACGAUGGGGUCCUUCCACUCUGGCUAACACACUGGAUCUCUUGCACAGUGGAAAAGAGACGGUGAAGAGAAAUCAAUCCAUCUCAAGCCUGUAUAUCUUCUACCAGAUGUUUACUGUUGGAUCCUCUAUUCUGGGACCCGCCUCUGUGACACUUAUGGUAGCAGGAGCUUUUCAGUUCAUCUUCAGAAUGAAUGGCGCUAUUGCUAUCAUCGUCGCAUGCGUCCCACCCGUCUUCUACAUCAUCAUCUGCUUUGCAACUAAAGCAAAUACCCAAAUAACCAUCGCUGCCAUCAUGAGCGUUCUGUAUGCGUUUCUUAUGACCGCAUCAUUCUUCUCCAUCAUUGGUGACAUGGUGGUGCAGGGCACAUUUUUGACUCCCACUGGUGUGUUUUUGGUCUCAAUGGCUAUUAUGUACAUGGUGACAGCCAUAUUGCACCCAGAAGAGUUUGGGCUGAUUAUCUAUGGUCUGAUGUAUUUCAUCUGUAUCCCCAGUGGAUACCUCCUGCUGACCAUCUACUCACUGGUGAACAUGAACAAUGUGUCUUGGGGCACAAGAGAAUCCAAGGAAGAAGGAGAACAGAAGAAAACUCAGAGCGUUCUGUGCAACAAAGACUGUAGGCUCUGCUGCUGGGACAUGAAGAUACAGAUAACCCAGGAAGCAGAAAACGCCAUGCUUCAGCAGAUCACAAGUUUCGCCACACAGAAAGCGCCUCUCCUUCAAAUCACCAAAAAGGAAACGCAACCGCAGGCUGCCUCAAAUCCAGAGUCUAAAGACAAACCUGAAGUCGCCACAGAAAAAGCUGCAGAAGCUAAAAAUCCUCUAUCUCACAAAAGCAAAAAGGCACCAUUGAAAGACAAGGAUGAUUCAUCCUCUGAUAGUGACAGUGAUGAUGAGAAAAAGAGCAUAAGUUCUGAUUCCUCUGACUCGUCUGAUGAAAACGACGAUUACUUUAUGAAUGCAGAGUUAGAGGAAAUGGAAGACAUCCCUGUCAGCGACUGGGUGGUGCCUGUAAAGGAAGAGUUUUUGAAGAAGUUAACUUAUUUCAACAUGAAGAGAAAUCUGCAAGCGCAAAUACGAUACACACUCCGCAACAAAAAUGAAGAUGAUGUGGUUGAAGACCUGAUCCUGAUGUUGACAGACACGCUUAAUAUCAGACUCAGCAAGGCUGGACCUGAGGACAUUUUGGCACAAGCUGAAAUUGACGAGUUGCAGCAUGAACUGACCAAUCAGGCUCGACACAUCCUGAAGAAUAAUAAAAUGAUGAAGUUGGAAAAGAGAGUGAAACGAGCCAUUGAGAAAACCCUCAGUGCCCCACAAGUUCAAAGACUGGAUGAGGGUGAGAAGGACUUCUGGGAUAAGCUGAUCGAACGAUAUCUGACACCGAUAAGUGAUACAGAGGAGCACAAGAACAGAGUGAGCAAAGAACUGAAGUCGCUGCGAAACAAGGCGGUCUUCCUGUAUUUCAUCAUCAACGUCCUCUGGGUGGUAGCAACUUUCUUCCUGCAGCUCAUUGGAAACGACAUCAUCAGCAUCAAGAUUCCCAAGUUUUCAGAGGAGAAAAAUAUAACAGAAUACCUAAAGGUGGAGCCUCUCAGUUUGAUGUUCCUGUUUUCCUUUGCGAUUCUUCUUCUCGUCCAGUUUCUGGCCAUGUUGUAUCACAGGGUCUACACUGUGAUCCAUGUGGUUUCCUAUCGUGGCACAGAGAAGGACUACAAAGAGAGAGAGCCGGAGGAGGAGGAGGAGGAGGACCAGACCAUCGAGAACCAUUACUCUGUUUCUCUUCACAGUGAGGACUUCCAGCUGUAGCACAAGAAACGAAUACCUCUCCUCAUGCAUUUCUUUCAUUCUUCCUUUAUACCAUCCAUCAUUCACAAUGUAUUACAGCCAUCUUUGAUCAUACUUUAGGGAAGUUAUAUUGCCUGGGUUUCUUUUUUUAUAUAUAUGUAUA